CCACUUUUUAUCCUCCUAGAAGUGCUUGCACUUCGGGCUGGUACAUCCAUCUCUUGAUUAUUCGCCGUUGACUUCCUUAUCUUCGUUUAAUCAUUCGACUUUUUUCAAUUCGAACAUUACCCGUAUUUCUGCUUCGGUUAAUUGUCUACCUUCCCAUACUAAUGCAUUACAGUAAUUAGCCUUGGACUUGAAAUGUUGAUUUCGUGCUCUUGUGGCUGUGUGUGGCGAAUGUUGACCCAAUCAUGGAUCGGAACCUCCAACAAUCGCUAACGGCCUGGGCAUUGAUAAGAUGUUGCGAUGCUUUCGCAGAGUUCAAGGGUCUCUACAGCGAGGAUCAGUACUUUCACAUCGCUCUUUCUCAGUUACUGCCAACCGUGCAGGGCGCUUCGGACACUCUAAUCUCUGAAUCCUCGAGGACGAGAUCAUCUCGUCGUAUUCUCAGUUUAUACUUGAUCUAUGCUCUAUACGCGCCACACCCCAUAUCCUUGAACCCUUUCCAUACCAUUUUGUCGUCGACUGCUCGGGCAUUAUCCUCCUCGCAUCCAUCUCAAGCCGACGGCAUUCUAGGGGAUAUGAUGCUUCUUCGGUAUUUGGAAGUCAUUUUAGCGGACCAAGGAAGCACCCUUGAUGGCUUGAUUCCUGUUCUCUUGCUGCUUCAUCUUCCAAACAAAGGGACACCCCCACAUCACCGCCAAAAGUGCUGGAUGAUGAAAGGAUGUCUCGCUUGUUCGAAGAAUGCCAGACUCGUGUUCUUUCCCUUUCCGAACAAAGACUUAGUACUUUAUUGCUGCCCUGAAUUCUCUAUCCUCCGACACAAUACGGGGCGAAAUUGGCCCCGCAUCGAUUCCAAAGCUAUCAAGUCUAAACCAGCGACUUUGCGUUCAAGUCAUCAGACGAAUUUUUGAUGCCACUGACCAUUCUGCUAACGAAGCGAACUUCAUCACGGAACUCGAACCAUAUUUCGUUGCCCUAUCUUCCCUUCCUCCGACCCUUGGA